ACCACAAGAGCACCUUGCCCCGUCCUGCUCACCACAGCCAUGUCCCGAGCAGCUGCAGCACGGCUGGGAGAGCCUGAUGGCUCGGAAGAGGAGCUGGAGGUGGGUGCAGCACCGCGAGCAUGCUGCAGGCAGAAGAUGUGGGUUCCUAAGGGGAGGAACGCAACCGCCUGCCUGGGGGACACCGAGGAGAUGAAGGUGAGGAAGAGGAGCAGGCCGGCACGCUCCAAGGCCAGGAGGAUGGCAGCCAACGUGCGGGAGCGCAAGAGGAUCCUGGACUACAACCAAGCCUUCAAUGCCCUGCGGCUGGCCCUCAAGCACGACCUCGGAGGCAAGAGGCUCUCUAAAAUCGCCACCCUCCGGAGAGCCAUCCACCGCAUCGCCGCUCUGUCCCUGUCCUUGCACUGCUGGCCCUGCACCCACUCCGAGUGCCGCAGGCAGGGCGUGCGGGACGGCCGCCUCGUGCCCCCCAGUGCUGUGGGUUACGGCUGCUGUCCUCCCGAGAGCCAACUCCAGUGCUAUGAGAGCCCGCAGGAGGAUCGCCCAGCAGCCAGCCCUGUGUUUUACCCCGUGGGGAGUCAGCAGAAGCACGCAAGCAACCUGCAAGCCCUCCCGCUUGCACCGCUCCCCUGGCAGCUGGGGGGGUUGCAGAGCUCUGGCUUCCAAUGCUUCCCCAUCCACUGAGCCACAGAGCAGGGAGGGUGAGGCGGUGCCGGGAAGGUAACAAAGCGGGGAGUGGGAUGGGACUGUGUGGGAGCAGUGGGAUGUGGAGCUCAGCUGAGGUGCCGUGAGCCCAGCAAAGCCUGGAAACUCAGCUGGGAAGUGUGGAGGAGGUUGCUUUGUGCUCGAGGAAGGGCCAGCUCUGCAGUUUCUUUUCUUGUGAGGUUUCUCUGCUGGAAAUUGUGACCAUUAUUUAUUGUCUUUUGCUUGCUUUGUGAGAAAACAUGACUUAAAAACCCAGCAUCGGGGCACUGGCUGUUAGUGUGUGCGAGGUGGACAGAUGGUGUGUGUGGAUCACACUAAAGCCCCUGGCUCUGGUUCCAGCUGAUGAAUUAGGGGAGCAGGGGCUGGGAAAGGUUAACGCGGUUGUACUUUUAAUGCUAAGCCCAUUGGUGCACAUAUUGGUGCGGAGACAGACUGGUAAGCCUGGACGAAGAGGAAAGAGAGACAGAUGUCUGCCUUUGGAAAGCUCGUGCUUCCUCCUGGUGACUGCAAAGUGGAUCUCUGGGAUAGUCUGGUACCGAGCUCCUGGCUGGGACAGGGAAGGGCUCAGCCCUCAGCUCCUCGUGUGCCAGUCUUCCUCCUUUAGACCCAGGGUGGGGUGGGGGAGCUGGGAAAUGAGCCUGGCAGAGGAAAGCCCGUAGCAGCCAGGAGAGAGAGCUCUCUGCUCAGCAAAGGAUCCUCCUCCAAGCGCUGCCGGUGUGAGACAUCUUGGCUUUCAUCUCCAGCAGAUGUUCCCCUUUCCAGGAGGGCUGCAGCCAUGGCUGCUGGAGGAAUCCUAUGUCUCCCAUCAGCAUCCCCUGCUACGGGGCGAGGCUCUGCCUGUGUCCAGCACUCAUACACCGUGGUGUGAGCUCAGGAACACCAGGAUCCAGAGAUGUGAAAGCCAAACCAAACCCACGCCCACCCUAGCACUAAUCCCUCUCCAUCACAAUUCUAUUUUCAGUUUUUACCCCACAUUUUGGUGUUAAAGCAAAACGGAUGGAAAUAAAUGUUCGGAGAGAUGAGAGAAUGGGAAAGACAAAACACUUGAGACCAUCGAGGCUCUCAGCUUCACAGUUACAAAAUGCGGAUCCCUUUU